UAAAGACCAAUGUUUCAGCAGUAAGUGGUCUACCAGUCUAACCAGUCAGACAACGGGUGCUUCACCAGUCGCAGCUUUAUGGGAGAGAAUGAAAGAGAAAGACACUCUUGAAAACACUCACAUGACAUCUCGAGAGACUCUGUAGUCAGCUGGAAGAAGGUGUGAUGAGAUCAAAGUUGAGCUUUUUGGCCAUCAGACUAAACACCAUGUUACACUGCACAUCAUCACAGACACACCAUCCCCAGCGUGAAUCAUAGUAGCCCGGGGAGCAUCUUGCUGUGGGCAUGCUUCUCUGCUGCAGGCCUGGAAGGCUUGUGAGGGUAAAAUGAACGCAGCAAAAAAAGGCUACAGGGAAAUCCUGGAGGAAAACCUGAUGCAGUCUGCAGGACACCUGCCACAUGGGAGAAGAUUUGUUUUCCAGCGAGACAACGAGCCCAAGCAAAAAGCCAAAGCUCCACAGGAACGGCUUCCAAUCAACAAUGUUAAUAUCCUGGAGUCCAGAUCUCGAAAAAAAGGCUGUUCACUCAUGAUCCCCAUGCAGCCUGACAGAGUUGGAGCCAUUUUGCAAAGAAGAAUAGGAAAAGCUGAGUGUCCUGAUGUGCAAAGCUGAUACAGACUUUUUCACAGAGACUCAAGGUCGUAAUUGCUGCCAAAUUUGCAAUUACUAAAUACUGACUUGGAGGGAUGAAUGCAAACAUGGAUUCUGUAUUUUAUAUUUGUAAUUACUGGCCACAUUAAAUGCACUUUGAUGCCAUGUUGUAAAACAACAGAACAUGAAAACUUCUUUUUAAAGGCACCACAGCUGACACAUAAAGCAUUAGUAAAGAUUAAUAAAGUCCUUAGUUACAACUUGUAAACCCUGUGUAAAUGGUGUUUUGUACCAUUGUUUUCUUUCUAGCCUACUAAAUCAGCAGAAAAAAAGAGAAGAAAACACUGACCAAAUUCAUGCAUUGUAAUUUAUGAAGUCAAAUUUUUCGAUCUUAAGUGUGAGAAUUCCCUGUUGUUGGUAUUUAAAUUGGAUUUAAAAACUCAGUGGUACAGCGUGCUCACUUCCAUCCAGCUCCACGCGUCAAAUGCGCAGAGUCAAACUGCUUAGCUGUAACUGUCUAUAUCCGGCCAUAUUAAACCACAGCACUUCUUCAGUGAUUCAACUAUUGCGGACGAGCUGGUGUGAUGACUAAUGACCAGACAGAAGUCAAUUAGAUUUGGAUUCAAAUCUUUAUAAAUCCAAGAAACCGGUGCCGCACCUCGACGCGCGUCUGAGACAGAUGUUCCUCACAUCUGCGAGCUUUGUGCUUUCCUGUCGGUGUUAGCCUCUAAACUGAAUUCACAAAAGCCUCCCACAGGUAGCUCUCUCCCAUCCAGCUCCCUGCGUCGCCUGCCUCCCCCAGCAGUGCGCACUCCGCUCCCUCCCACCGCAUCCCGGUCUCUCCAAUCGGCGGGAGCCCGGCUCAGCUCUGCACAUCUGGAGCAGCGACGGGGAACCGGGGGGAUGAGACGGGAGCAAGCGGUUUUUGCAGCGGCAGCACCCGCAUUGCAACACGGGAGCGAUGCUGAGGACCGGCUGUUGAAUGCCUGAGAAGCAUCUCUUGCCUCUUUACAUUGUUUUCAUUGUUUAUUUGAUCCCAACCAGCAGUGGACAGACAGAUCAGCACGCUGGCCGUGCGCAGUCACCGCUUCCACUGGUGUCAGUUUUUAAAUUUCUCUUGAUAAGAUUACAGGGAGGGUGUGUUUUCUGGAUAUUAAAUGCGUCUUGGAAGUUGGGCUGUUGCAACCAAUAGGAUUUGUAUCCAGCCUGGCUGGGCUGGCAGCCUGAAGGAUCCGGACUGGGCUAGUUGGCAGCAAUCAGAAAUCUUUGCAUCCGCAGCAGUCAAGUUCGUGUGGAGGAUAAACUGUUGCCUUGAAUCAAACUUUGUCUUUGAACUUGCGGGAUUUUGACCUGUCCGACGCCACCUCCCGACACCCCCCCUCCUCCGCCCCCAGCACUCGGAGGGUGGGAGAUGGAGAGCCGCAGGUGACUGACCGCUCACCGCCGCUUCAGGACGCCUGCUGGGGAUUUACUGGACAUACUGGGGAUACCCAGGGGCUCCGGGCAGGAUGAUGUAUGGGCGCUACACCCAGGAGCUUGGGGUGUACGCCAAAGAGGAGGCAGCUCGGCUGAGGGAGAGCGGGCAGAGGCGAUCGGUCAGCGAGCGAAGCCGGACCCUGGACCUGCUGGAGUACAACAAGGGACGCUGUGCCAAAUGUCGCAUCUGCACGGUUCGCUGUCAGAAGUUCCUGAUCUCACGGGUCGGGGAGGACUGGAUCUUCCUCAUCCUGCUGGGACUCCUCAUGGCCCUGGUCAGCUGGGUGGUGGACUUCUGCAUCGCCAUCUGCCUACAAGCACAGAAAUGGAUGUACGGAGGUCUGGACAGUAACGUGUUUCUGCAGUAUCUGGCCUGGGUCACCUACCCUGUAGUCCUCAUCACCUUCUCUGCCGGCUUCACCCAGAUUCUUGCCCCCCAGGCCGUCGGUUCAGGUAUUCCAGAGAUGAAGACCAUCCUGAGAGGAGUUGUGCUGAAGGAAUACCUCACCUUCAAAACUUUUGUGGCCAAAGUCAUUGGCCUCACCUGCGCUCUGGGCAGCGGCAUGCCCCUGGGCAAGGAGGGUCCAUUCGUACACAUCGCCAGUUUGUGUGCUGCUCUCCUCAGCAAGUUCAUGUCUCUGUUUGGAGGAAUCUAUGAGAAUGAGUCGAGAAACAUUGAGAUGCUGGCAGCAGCCUGUGCUGUGGGAGUGGGCUGCUGUUUUGCUGCCCCCAUAGGAGGUGUGUUGUUCAGUAUUGAAGUAACAUCCACGUUCUUUGCGGUGAGGAACUAUUGGAGAGGUUUCUUCGCUGCUACCUUCAGUGCCUUCAUCUUCAGAGUACUGGCUGUUUGGAACAGAGACGAAGAGACCAUCACAGCUCUUUUUAAAACCCGUUUCCGGCUAGACUUUCCCUUUGACCUCCAGGAGCUUCCUGCCUUCGCCGUCAUUGGCAUCGCCAGUGGUUUCGGCGGGGCUUUGUUUGUUUACCUGAACCGACUGAUUGUCCAGUUCAUGAGGAAACAGAAGGCCAUUAACAGAUUCCUCAUGAAAAAGCGUCUGCUGUACCCUGCACUGGUCACUUUACUUGUUUCCACACUAACAUUUCCCCCUGGCUUUGGACAGUUUAUGGCUGGCAAGCUGACCCAGAAGGAGUCUCUGGUGACAUUACUGGACAACCGGACGUGGGCCAAACAGGGCAUCGCUGAGGAGUUUGAUUACAUCGGACACUCUCAGGCCUGGAAACACCCACAGGUCAACGUCUUCGUCACCCUGGUCCUCUUCAUCGUCAUGAAGUUCUGGAUGUCUGCCCUGGCCACCACCAUCCCAGUGCCCUGCGGAGCCUUCAUGCCAGUAUUUGUCAUUGGGGCAGCCUUCGGCCGUCUGGUUGGGGAAAGCAUGGCAGCCUGGUUCCCAGAUGGCAUUCACUCAGAUGGCACCAUCUACCCCAUAGUGCCAGGAGGCUACGCUGUCGUGGGUGCGGCGGCCUUGUCAGGAGCGGUCACCCACACAGUUUCCACCGCAGUCAUCGUGUUCGAGCUGACUGGCCAGAUCUCCCACAUCCUGCCGGUGAUGAUAGCAGUGAUCCUGGCCAACGCCGUGGCCCAGUCCCUGCAGCCCUCCCUCUACGACUCCAUCAUCAGGAUCAAGAAGCUGCCCUACCUCCCCGAGCUGGGCUGGGGACACCACGAGAAAUAUAAUAUUCGUGUGGAGGACAUCAUGGUACGGGACGUGCGGUACAUCACACUCAACUGCUGCUACAGAGACCUGCAUAACAUCCUGCUGCCGGGCCACCUCAAGACUCUGGCACUGGUGGAAUCAGUUGAGUCCAUGAUAUUGUUGGGCUCCAUCGAGCGGGCCCAGCUCCAGUCGCUGCUCUCCCAGCAGCUCGGUCGCCCCAGACGGUUAGAGUACAUCAGGGAACGAGCUGUCGCGGAGAAGAAGCGCCUGUCGGUCGUAUCAAACCCGGGCAGCGAGGAUGGCAGCCAGCGGGUCAGUCAGGAGGUCCGCUUCCAGAUCUCUACUGAGGAGUCAACCUUCAGUCCUGCUCGUCCAGUUCCUCAGAAGCCCCUCAAACCUGCACUGAAGAGACCCUCUGUGGUGGAGCGACACACCGAGAUCCCCACCAGCCCACAUGAUAAUUCAGGCAUUGCUUUAAAGAACCUGUUCUGCGCCAGUCCAGACACAGAAGGCCUGGAGAAAAACAACAACAUGGAGAGCUCCAUGUCUCCUGAGCUCAGGAGGCCGUCCAAACGAGUCCGGAUAUCCGUCGUGGACGAUGGAGAUGUGGAGGAUGACAUGACUAUUAGAGAGAUUGCGGAGUGGGAGGACAUGCAGCUCGAUGAGCAGGUCAACUUCAGCAACUGCAAGAUCGACCCUGCACCGUUCCAGCUGGUGGAGCGCACGUCGCUGCAUAAGACCCACACGAUCUUCUCCCUGCUGGGCCUCGACCACGCCUACGUCACCAGCAUCGGACGCCUCAUCGGGGUGGUUUCCCUCAAAGAGCUUCGCAAGGCCAUCGAGGGCUCUGUGACAGUUAAAGGUGUGAAGGUGCGUCCUCCUCUGGCCAGCUUCCGGGACAGCGGCACCAGCAGCAGCGAGAACGAAGCCACCGAGCUCCACAAGCUGUGGGAUCGCCACAAGAGCAUGUCGCUGCCCCGCGAACACACCCCCUCCGAGUCCGACGAGAAAUCCCAGUGAGGGAAAGUAGAGGAGGAAGAAGAAGAGCAGGUGGAAGAAGAGGAGGAGAAGGAGGCAUUGAGAUCUUUAAUCCCCCAAAGCCACAAACAAGCAAAAAUCCUCAGGGCUUACGCUUGGGCCACACUGCCUACCUCUAACUGUGCAUGACGGCUACCUUGCUGAACUGCUGCUGCUCGUGUGGUGUCCACACAGACAGCAUUGCUGCUGCAGUGCUGCUACUGCCAGCCCUAUCUUUCUACAUAGAGUUUUCCUUUGAUGAAUACAACACAAUAAAAGCCUUGUUAACAAAUGAAGGGAUUCUGUCCACAGAAAUGCUAGAGGGCUUUUAAUCUGAGUAAAAAUAAUAAUAAUAAUUUUUUUCAUGUCUGUGACAUUCUACAGAUAUAGACAUUGAAACUGUAGUGAAAUGUUGCUGGUGUGAUGUCCAUAUGACUAUGAACAGAUUAUUUUCACUGUCUAUUUCUGCUGAGAACCACACGCGUCCCGCUGAAAAAAUAGGCGAGACUCUGACUCUCUAGAUGAAGCGUCGCUGCAGCCACGCUGCUCAUGCAGGCUGUGUGGCUGCUCCAACCUGUUAACAUGGGCGCCGAAAUGAAAAGCAAGAGGUUCCGCGACGCACCCGUGCUGCUCAGUUAGGCAGUGUGGCCCGGCCAUUAGGAUCAAUAUUUAAUUCUGGAAAGAGUUCUACUGCUACGCCAGCCUCUUCAUAACUCCUCAUUUCUCUCCUCGUCUACUCCUCUUUCUCUCCACCAUCCACUUUGGACCCACCAGUGCUUUCUCAAGCAGUCUUGCACUGACCAAGCCAGACACUUCACGGGGGAGUGGAACACAACUCAACCUGUGCCCUGCUCUCCAUUUACCCUCGGGAACCCACGGCAGAGCGAAUGUGGAUGGGGGGGAAUGGGUUGAAAUCUUUAAAAAGGGAUUUUUUUUUUAGCAUACUUUGUUUUCUUUGUGUGUCUUUAGAGCUGGGAUCAAAUUCUGGACCUGCAAAAGUUAUCUUUCGAACAAGUCUUCCACUUGAGUAGAGAAAUUCAACAAUGAUGACAAGGAAGAAUAAUGGAUGCGUGUACUAUAAGUAUGAGUGUAUGAAAAAUGUGAGUGUGCUUGAAGAGGGAGGUAGCAAACGACUAUUUCUUAUACGAUUUUUUUAUUGCCUUUAGAACACAUUUCAGUCUUUGUUUUGGAAUUUGCCAUGGCACCAUUUCUUUGUAAAUUACCCUGUAAGUGUCCCAUUGACAAGCAUUGGACUAAGGGGACAGAUGCCUUAGUUUUCUGUUUUUUCUUGUUUCCAUUGUCUUUUUUCUUCUCAUCUCUUCACUGCAAGUCUUAAUGGGCAGGUUGAGAGUACAGUCUAUGCAAGCAGACAUGGCUGUGGGCAGUGGCGGAAGCACCUGUAGCCCUUUUCAAAAUGUACGUACACUCCUUUCAUACUGUAGCUAUAGCCUUACAUUACAAAGACACAUGGAAACACACAAACGCGGCGAUGCACUCAGAGUCAAGGUUUUCUGCUUAUCUAAAUAUAGCUCUUAAUAACCGUUCCAGAUAAGGUUGGGGCGGAUGGAGAGGGCAGGAAGCGAGCGAGAGACGAAGAACAGGGAGCAAAUGGAUGGCUGAAAGAAUGAAGACAUCAUUACCUAACCAGCUGCUCUGGGCCCUCUCAUCAAUCUGCCUUUGAUUUCCAUGUUAGCUCCAUUACUAUCAGAGACACAGAAGCCCCCCAACAGCUAUAUGAUGUAAUGGUCCAGGGCUGAGGCAGACACUGUUGUCAACAUAUACAGCACCAGAUGACAAUAUGUGAGCAGAAUCAGCUUGAUUAAUGCAGACCAAUAGCUUGAGUGAACAAAAGCAUGAUCCAGUGCGAUUAACCAAUGUAAAAACACUAAAGGAAAUCCAUAAAUGACAGAGUGAGUGGUCGAUGAUGUAGUUUAACCAUUUAAAAUGUACCUCCUUUACCACUAUAACUCCAAAGCAUUACUAAAUUAUCGCUCCAUCUACCAGGCCGAUGUGAUUGACUGUUUCAACCUGGAACUCAAGCCAUUAAUGUUUUAAUGACAGCAUUUUUCAGUAAGCAGUCUAACAUGACAGAUAAUGUAUAGGUACUGUGUAUUUAAUAAUUCAUGUCUGCCAUAAUGCUUGAGGCUUGUCUGUGCACUCUGUGCUCAUCGACAGAAAAACAUUGAUAUGUUUUCCUUCUCCUCCAGCUUUUCCACUUCCACCUCCAUUUUUAUUUUUACUUAUGUGGGCUACUGACCCCAAAUAAGACACUCCUUUUUUUUUGUUUUUAUCUUUUAUUUAAUUUUUUUGGACCAGGCAAGGAUGUCCACUACUACCUAGAGAAUUAGCUCUACUGUUUGGAUGCCUUAAAUAUGUACUCAUACCCAACUUCAUUGUGGUUUCCAGCAUUUGAUGCAUCGCAUGGAUUUUAUUUUUGGUGGUGUCUUGUCUUGCUGCGCGCCAUUGAAAAUAUAAUGCACACAGUAAAACAGCAUGGCUUUGCAUGACAGAGUGCAUGUGAGAUGUGUUUUAUAUGAUCAAAAUGUACCAAAAACAAAAGCUUGACGGAAAUGAAUAUGGUACGAGUGAAUGAUGUUGUGUCUUAGUAUGUUUGCCAUCUUGUGCCUGUAUGUUCUGUGUCUUUACAAUAUCUUAUUUAAUAAUUAUAGCAUCAGAUUAUUUAACCUUGAUUGGCAUCUUUCGUUCAUCCAAUGAGCUUUAUUCAUGGACUGAUUUUGAACGGGAUGGGGUCUAGGGGUCAGCAAAGUUAUACUUACAAAUUAAUAUAUUCAUUAACAUCAUUCCUGUAAUAUAAAAUCAUAAUUUAAUAUCUUAACCAAUCUUAAAUUGUAGACUAUUCUCUUUUUGAAAGAGAUUUUGGGGGGUUGUUGUAUGAUGUUUGUUGUAUUUUUUUUUUUUUCACAUUUGAUGAUAUUACAGUUUGAUUGUAAUGCUGUCUUUUAUGUUUUGACAUGCUGUCAUUUCGACUAAGACAUUCGUAAAGUGCAAAUAACACUAACGGGUGGAGGCUCGCAAUGGCUGCCUGAUAGGAAGGCAAAAAAAAAUGUAAUUGUGAAGUUAAUGUCGAAGGGACCAGCAUGUGGUCUGUUGGUGAUAUGUUCAUUCCACAAGUGCCUGCACCUCUUUGGAUCUGGUUUCAACGCAUGUAGAAGAGGCACUUUUCACACACACACACAAAUAUGUAAGCAAGGUGGAUGAUGUGUCAGUGGUGUGUGCAAUUAUCACUAAGGCAACCUGUUGUUGUUGCCCCCCUCCCCUCGCCCAUCUGCUUGCCCCAGGGACCGACUGAGAUCCAUUUGUCUGAUUUGGUUCUGUUCAUUUGUUUGUGCCUUUUAUCGAUUUUCAUUAUUCUGCCUCCUGCCAGAGCCUUCCCCUCCGCAGACAUUUCAGAAUUUUUUAUCUCCUUUGCUACCAGACAGAUAUAGACCGAGGUAGAUGCAUAUUUAUUAGUCUGUAUUAAUCAAAGUAGAAGUUGUAAAAUCUUUUGUGUGUCUCAUUCUUUUUAUGGAUGAUCUUCUUGUAGGUAAUCAAUUUGUGCAAUAACGGUUGUUCAUCUCACUUUGUAACCCAGUUUUAAUUGAUGACAUGAAUGCAAGAUAACCUUAUUUUUGUAAAGAAACCUGAAAAGAGUAAAAAGAUAUAUGUAUAUGAGGAGAGCUGACGCUCACACAGGAGCUUGUGUGUGAUAAAGUGAUUUUUGAAUGACGGCUUAUGGGGGAAGGUUUCCCAAAAGCCUCAAUAAAAGCUAUCAGAAUCAGCAUUAAGAUAUUUAGCCUUUGAUCAAGAAGAAGAAUAGCUUAGACUCCUCAUUUUGGCUUUGGGAAACCUUCCCCGUCUGGUCUUUUAAAGGCUCUGUGGUGAAUCCUGCUGCAUGGAUUGUAGCUAGCGCUCUCAGACAAGCCUCCCCUUAAGCACUGACGCAGAGUCAGUUUUAUCAUGCUCCUCUAUCCUCUCCUUCAGUCUGAGGGGCUUUGAUAAGACCUGAUCCUCGCAUCAGCUGUUGAGGGUUAUCUUUUAUCCACUCCUUAGGGCUCUUAGGGACUGUACAUUGUACAUACUGGAGGCCUCUACGGCAAACCCUGAGGGCCAAACCAGACAGAGCUGAACAAAAUCCAGAGCUAUUUUUCACACAGAAAAAUGAAACAUUGUUUUGUAUAUCAGGGAUGAAUAAAUGAGAUUUUAACAAACAA